CGGAGACGAGACCGGCAGAGGCCAAAGGGGGCAAGGGGUGUCUUCCCCGUUCCUGCUAUUGCCACCGCGAUCUGCGCACCCUCGCCGCUCUCGGAAUCCUAGACUCACCGCAGGCGCGGCGAUCGGAAGAUAAAGAAGGGAGGAUAGGCGAUGGGAGGCGGCGGCGAUGCCGCGGCGGGGGAGUACGCGGCGGCGAAGACAUCGGUGUGGUGGGACAUCGAGAAUUGCCAGGUCCCUAGGGCUUGCGACCCGCACCUGAUUGCCCAGAACAUAAGCUCCGCCCUUGCGGCGAUGGGAUACCGGGGCCCCGUGUUGAUUUCCGCUUUCGGCGACACGAAUAAGAUCACGCCGUCCGUGCAACAAGCCCUCUCCAGCACCGGCAUCGCCCUUAACCACGUCCCCGCCGGUGUCAAAGAUGCAAGUGAUAAGAAGAUUUUGGUAGACAUGCUAUUUUGGGCAGUUGAUAAUCCUCCACCUGCCAACUACUUGUUAAUAUCUGGCGAUCGUGACUUCUCAAAUGCCCUCCAUCAACUUGGAUUGAGGAGAUACAAUAUUCUUCUUGCACAACCACCAAAUGUAUCACAAGCCCUUGUUGCUGCUGCAAAGAGUGUCUGGAACUGGAAGGACCUUGUGUCUGGAGGAAAGCCAUUGCAUGAAUCACCUUAUAUCAGCAAGACAUCAGGUGGUACUUCGUUGACUGAAGCAUCACUCAGUGGCAGUCCUGCAGGAAAAUCUGAUAAUUGGUGCAAAGGAAAGUCCAAGAGAUGUCCAAAUCCAAUCCAGCCAAAUAGUGAUUUAACAACAAUAUCAGGCAACACAUUCAUGCAGCCUCCUCCUGUAAGUCAUGAUAUUCUAACUAACAGUAACGUUCCCCAAUUUAACAACAGCAUGAAAAAUACUGAUCAAAUGCAUAUUCCAACAAUGCCAAAUAUGAAAGCCCAGGAAAGUUCCUACUUGAACCAUGCUACUAAUUUUUUCACCCAGUUACCACAUCAAAUGCUACCUUCUGAAGCCAACUACUCUUGCCAAUCUGAAGCAGUAUCUUUCAAGGAAGCUCCGCAUCGAUUCUUUCAAGGGAAUCAACCCAAGUCUUCAAAUGGGGCUGUGGCAGAUUAUGCACCACCUCAUCCAUAUUUCUCCAUGAAAGAUGGAAAAGACUUUUCUAACAAUGACAAAUCACGCUGGCCUCACCCAUUAAGACCUAGUGAUUUACUACCUCCACAGCCUAGUACUCGACCUGGGAAUUUGUCUUCAUCAAAUUCUCAAAAGUAUAAUCUUAAUGCAAUUCCAUAUAGGCCUAGUGGUGCAGCAUUCACUUCACCACAGAGCUGGAUAGGUGGCCCACCCUUCUCAUCAGGAAACUUACCUGAAUUCAGCAGAGUUAGCAUAUCAGAUGAUCCUAGUGGUGGUCAUCAUAACAGUUCAUCUUUUAAGAGUAACCCUAAACCAAACAUUUCUGUAUCAGAUCAUUAUGGUCCACAGAGUUACCAAACAACUUAUGAGGAACAUGUGCACAGACAACCUACAAACACCAGGGACAGCAACUUGUCUAAAGAUGAGUUGUGGGGUAAGCCAGGAUGCCUGUCAGUACCAACUGAAGUCCAGAAUGUUUUGUGUGCUCUGCGCAUAUUAAAAACUGACAAAAUGGUCCCAAAUGAAGCAAACAUAGCUGAUUGUAUUCGCUAUGGCGAGAUGAAUAUUCAGAAUUUUAACAUUGGCAUGGCCUUGAGCUAUGCGGUUCAUCAUCAACUUCUUGUGAUGCACAAGCUAGGAGGUAAUUUACCAUUCUAUGUAGAAAAAAAUGAUGUACUCUGGAAAUGUAUCAAUCCUAUUGAUAUUAAUGCUAAGCAUCCAAAGGCAACAUGGGAUGCAGUUCUAAGGUUUCUCUCUUCGACAGCUGGACGUGCUUCAAUGAUGACAUCACAAUGCAGGUAUCAAGCAGCAAUAAUUGUGAGAAAUUCAUGUUUGAAUCAUCUUGUUUUGGGUGAAAUUCUUCAGAUAUUGCACGUGACAGUUAGUGUCAAGAGGUGGAUUACACCUCACCCAUCGGGUUGGCAGCCGUUAUCUUUCCAUUUACCUGAUACAGAUAAGAAUACAGAUGCGGGUGCCAGUACAACAUAUUGAUAUCUUCCCAAAGUGGAACAGUACAUUGGUAUAGAUUGUCGUGGUAAAGCAGAUUAAAUUUAGUGGACUCAGGGAACUAGGUAUCCUUUGUUCCUUACGGGUUAAUUGUUGUAUACUCAGGUCAAGCGAAAGUUGAUCCCGAUAAGAGUAUGUCAUUGCUGUAAGUAUUAGUUGAUAAAAAACUUCAGAAAUUACGAGGAAUGCUUUCAACCAAUACGAGUAUUACAUAUGUACCGGCCAAGGAGAGUCUUCUGAAGGUGCUAGCUAGAUCUCUCAUAAAUUGACAGAUACUAAUAAGCAGUCAUAUAGUUUGCAUGGGAAUUAGUUAUCUUAUGGGAUGAUAAAGGUACAGGAUGAUGGAUAAGCUCACGGUAAUGCAGUGGCAGUCUACGCCAAUACGCAUGGGUGCUUUGGACAUUAUACCUGAAACAUUCAGGUGGACAUAGUAUAAUCUCAUCUUCCGUGCUUUGUGGAUCCGAUUUCCAAAUUUUCUUGGUGACAAAAGCUUUGCCGUCAUGUGGCAGCCGGCUAAACAAAUGAUCAACCAGAAUGGAGGUUGCAAUAUGUCUAGAAAAAGGUUGACUAUUAUGAUCAUACCAACUUUUAUUGUCUGGUGGUGGAAAAGUAUGCUCCUCUAUGCAGUUGGUUGCGAAAUGCAGAUUUCAUUUUACCCUACAGUUAUACUGGCAACCUGUCGAUGCAAUAACUUGUUCCACAGUCGAACGUCCAGGUGGUGUUAGUAUAUAGUUGUUUGCUUUAUGUAGCAAGCUUCUUUGUUGUUCUCUUUCCACAAACAGAACCUGUUGUAUUUUCAUAUCGUUCGCCACCACAGUGGCAUGUUAGUACCUAGAAGAUGAGUAGUCAUUAUGCUUUCUAAGUUUGAUCUUGUUCUUCUUCCUUGGAGAAGUUUUAUUUACUUCUCUGUUUCAAAAGAAGGAAGUCCUUUUUGUUUACAGUCUGCAGUUCUAUAGCUACCAUGUAUGUAUACCGCCCUGGAUUUACGAUAAAUACCUAUUGUGUAGAGUGUUUGAUCGGGU